GCCGGGCUGCCGAGGGCGCCAGCGCGGCCCCGGGGAGCGCGAGGAGCCGGGGAGCGCGAGGAGCCGGCGAGCGCGCGGCCUGCCGUUGGCGGCCUGGUCCACCGCGCUCAGCGCCCAUCCUCCCCGGAGCCGGGGCCCCAGCCCGCGGGAAGAUGGUGUCCUGGAUAAUCUCCCGAGCCGUAGUGCUGGUGUUUGGAAUGCUUUAUCCUGCAUAUUAUUCAUAUAAAACUGUGAAAACAAAAAACGUGAAGGAGUAUGUUCGCUGGAUGAUGUACUGGAUUGUUUUUGCCCUCUACACUGUGAUUGAAACAAUAGCAGAUCAAACAGUUGCUUGGUUUCCUUUGUACUAUGAACUGAAGAUUGCUUUUGUCAUAUGGCUGCUCUCUCCCUAUACCAAAGGAGCAAGUUUAAUAUAUAGAAAAUUCCUUCAUCCACUUCUUUCUUCAAAGGAAAGGGAGAUUGAUGAUUAUAUUGUACAAGCAAAGGAAAGAGGCUAUGAGACCAUGGUAAACUUUGGACGGCAAGGUCUAAACUUAGCAGCUACUGCAGCUGUCACUGCAGCAGUGAAGAGCCAAGGAGCAAUAACUGAACGUUUAAGAAGUUUCAGUAUGCAUGAUUUAACAGCCAUACAAGGUGAUGAGCCUGUGGGACAAAGACCAUAUCAGCCUUUACCAGACGCAAAAAAGAAAAGCAAACCAACCCCCAGUGAAUCAGCAGCUUAUGGAAUUCCACUGAAAGAUGGAGGUGAGAAGACAGAUGAAGAAGCGGAUGGGCCAUAUUCAGAUGAUGAGAUGUUAACACACAAAGGACUUCGGAGAUCACAAAGCAUGAAAUCUGUGAAAACCAGCAAAGGCCGCAAGGAGGUGCGGUAUGGUUCACUAAAAUAUAAAGUGAAGAAGAGACCACAGGUGUAUUUUUAGUCAUCUGUUCUUCAGAUAUCCCAAACAAUACUAAUACAUCAACUUCAUUUUCUAAUAUGAUAUAUUUGGGAUUUACAUAUUAAAAUAGUUCUUAAAAUUGUGUUGGUGAUAGGAAUUACUUUCAUGAAUUUAAAUGGCUUUAUUUCUUUAACAAUUACUUUCAAAUAUUGACUACUAAAGGUAGUUACGCAAGUCCUAUUAAUAUACAAAUAUCAAAAUUAUUUUUAAAAGUAUUUUACCCAUUUUCAUAUUCAUCAGUGACAUUGAAUGCCUGGGAUAUAAGAUGAAACACAGACCCACAGUAUACUUGAAAAGAGUCUUUAUGGUUCAGGACACAUUAGCUUUUGUGGUGUUACAUUGUGUUUACCUCUAUCUAUGUGAUCUCUAUCAAAUGAGGAUAGUAAAUAAAUAGGCCUCUGAAUAGGCAGUGACAUAACAAGGACAUAAUGUAAGAUAAUAAGGUAUAUUUUAUAUAUUCCUUUAAUUUUUACUUUUAUAAUACUUUCUCAUUUUUUCACCAUUAACUGAAAUUUUUUGAAAAAACUGUUUGAAAACCAGGUAUCCACAUAGCACUUUCCUGACUAGUUUUGCACACUUGAGGAAAAUGUUUACUUAUUUUACAACUGUACAUUGACUUUAAAUUUUGUUGACACUGUAUACUUGUUUGUCUUAUUCUGACAUGGCAAAUUUAUACCUUGAAAUACAUCAUCUCCUUUCCUGUGGGUUUCAUUUGUUAAAUUCAUUGGAUUUAUAGUAUAAAAAAGUAUAGCUAACUAUUCAAUUAUAACUAUUUUAAUUACUUCCUUUAUAAACGAGAAGUUAUUUUAAACAUUAACCAGUUUUCAUAAUUAGCUGUACAGUGUAGUUGAACUUAGUAUGUUUUUGUCAACACCAAUUACAUUUUCAGCUUUUAAAAAUGGUAACUUUUAUGAAAUAGAGUUGGAGAUCAGUGUAGUGCUUAGGUCUCUUCUGAUUCACAAAAUUAUCCAACAGCCAAUCCAUUCACAAGCUUGGCAUUGAUAUGUGCUACUGGUUUAUAAAUCUGGCAUUGACUCAAAUCAUUUGAAUAUUUUUCUGACUGAGAUAAUUCCCUGAAGAGUGCAAAUAGAAAUUCAGACACCAUUAAUCCUGCAUAUGGAAAAUUAUUUUUAAAAAUUUUUUAAUCCAAGAGAUUUGGAGAUAAUAAACUAUGAGGCUUUUUAAGGUUGCACUACUAAAUAUGUAUUGUGAACCGUAAGUCAGUAUAUUUUUGGUGAUGGUUUUAGUGAUCAAUAAUCUAACUUAUACAAGCUAAUUUAUUUGACCAUUUUGCUUAUUUGCUCAAAAGAAAACACAAGGGGAGAGAUUUGUGAGAUCAUUGAUCUUCCUUCUUUUUAAGAAAGGAAGCCAGUUGGUGAUGUAUAUUCAGGACCUCCUCAGAGUAUUAGCCAAGAAUGGAAUGUUUACUCAGGAGUGUAAUUCAUAAUGUUGCAUCCAUACUAGGCUUUAGUAUGUUCUUGAUUAUUUCACAUUCUUGAUACAUAACACUGAAUAAAACUUCAUUCAAUUUUUUUCUCCCAAAAUUUAACUCUGAAUAUCUCCAUCUACUUUACCUUGACUAAUUUUUAGCCUCCUGGUUUCUGGAAGGACUUUAAUUCCUUUUCAAAAUUCCUAUGAAUUCUAAUUAUACUGGACUUCUCAAUAUAAAUGCUACACCAUGCUUGCUUUUCCUAGGCAGAGGCAAUUUCAUUGUAAAUUGCCAGAUACGGUCAAAUAAAUGACUUUGUAUCAAGAACAUUAUCUGUGGGAGUUGACUGGCACCAUCUUACCUUUUUCAAAUCUAAUCUCAGUAUUACACCUAUCCUGGUGGUAGAGCACAUGCUUAACAUGUGCAAGGCAUUUGGGUUAAAUCCCCAGCACCAAAAAAAAAAAAAAAAAAGAACAAUAACAACAAAAAACACCAUCCUUUAGUUAACACAUACUAUUUUAAAUUGAAUUAUUUAU